AUGGCACUGGACUCGCCUUCGUCCUCCCACCUUCGCGUCCUCGACACCGCCGUCAUCACGCCGUCCGGCCUGCCGCUGCCGCCGUCCUCCGUCCCGCUCACCUUCCUCGACCUGCAAUGGAUCCACUCCCCGCCCGUCGAGCGCAUCUUCUUCUACCGCCUCACCUCCACUCGUGACGCCACCGACCACCUCAUCUCCGACCUCAAGCGCUCCCUCUCCACGGCCCUCCGCAUCUUCUUCCCGCUCGCCGGUCACCUCCGCGUCACCCCCGGCUGCACCGCAGCCGCCACGCGCCACGACAUCUUCUACCAACCCGGGGACGGCGUCGCCUUCACGCUCGCCGAGUACGACGGCGCCGACCUCGCGUCCGAUCACCAACCCAGGCAGGUCGCCGAGCUCGCCCUCCUCGUCCCGCGCCUGCACCCUGCCGUCGGAAACGACGGCGCAGCGCUUCUCGCCGUCCAGGCCACCGUGCUGCAGCCGCGCGGUGACCUCGCGCUCGGCGUCACGGUGCACCACGCCGCCUGCGACGGCGCCGGCUCCACCAGCUUCCUACACACCUGGGCGGCCGCCUGCGCCGGCGCGGAGGAGUCGUUCCCGCCGCCUCCCAUCAUCGACCGGACGCUCGUCGUCGAGCCCGUACAAGGCCUGUACGACCACUACACAAGAAGCCUGCCAAGCACCGACGAGAUGGAGUUCGUCAAGAUGUCGCCAGACCAGAUUCUCGCCACGUUCACGCUGUCUGGCGAGCAGCUGCAGCGCGUCAAGGACGCCGUCGCCGACGAGGCCGCGCGGCGUGGUGCCCAGACGCCGCCGAGGUGCUCCACGCUCGUCGCUGCCUUGGGCUUCGUCUGGUCCUGCUACCUCCGAGCGAAAGCAGAGAGCGGUGAUGGCGCGGGCGAGCCCGAAUCACCAACGUACUUCAUAGUCCCAGUGGACCAUAGGCCGUGGAUGAAGCCGCCGGUGCCGUCGACGUACUUCGGCAACUGCAUCGGCCCGGCCAUCGGCGCCGCGCCCAAGAGGGACCUCGCCUCGGCCGGCGCUGGCGGCCUCUUCACGGCCUGCACGGCGAUCGCGGAGGGCAUCGGGAGAGCCGUGGCGUCGCCGGAGUGGGAGACGAUGGUGGAGCGCAUCAAGCAGGUGGGGGCGCGCGGCGUGCUCUCCGUGGCCGGGUCGCCGAGGCUCCGCGUGUACGGCAUCGACUUCGGGUUCGGGCCGCCGGCCAAGGUGGAGAUCGUGUCCGUUGCCAGGACGGGGGCUAUGGCGGUGGCGGAGAUCAGAGGCCGAGCAGGCAUGGAGGUGGGCAUGUCGCUGCCGCCGGCCGGCAUGGCGGCGUUCCGGAGUUGCUUCGACGAUACCGUCGAGUGGCUCGCCUCGUCACACAGUACAUCAUCAUACUCCUGUUGA